AUGAUUGGCUGCAAAACCAAAUUAUACCUUAAAACUAAAUCCUAAAUCCGCAUCGAAUUCAGACUUCCAACAUUUGAAACACAGUACUAUAUAGUAGUAUAUACACUACUUAGAUUAUUCUUCGAUCACGCUCUCUUUCACUGCGAAAAAACACAGUACUAGGAGUGAAUUCACAUUUCUCUUACAGAUCGGCCAUGGCUUCCCGCUCGAACUUAGUUUACAACGCCAAGCUCGCCGAGCAGGCCGAGCGCUACGAUGAGAUGAUUGAGGCAAUGAAGAAUGUUGCAAAGCUUGAUGUUGAGUUGACAAUCGAAGAGAGGAACUUGCUCUCUGUUGGGUAUAAGAAUGUGAUUGGUGCUAGGAGAGCAUCAUGGAGGAUCCUAACCUCAAUAGAGCAGAAGGAAGAAGCAAAAGGAAAUGAAUACCAUGUGAAGCAGAUUAAGGAGUAUAGACAGAAGAUUGAGUCAGAGCUAUCAGUCAUUUGUAAUGAUAUAAUGACAGUGAUUGAUGAGCAUCUUAUUCCUUCAGCUUCUGCUGUUGAAUCAACGGUGUUUUACUACAAGAUGAAAGGAGAUUAUUAUCGAUAUCUUGCUGAGUUCAGGACUGGUAAUGAGAAGAAAGAGGCUGCUGAUCAGUCAAAGAAAGCUUAUGAGACUGCUUCCACUGCAGCUGAGGCUGAUUUGCCCCCUACAAAUCCCAUUCGAUUGGGUUUGGCAUUGAAUUACUCAGUUUUCUAUUAUGAGAUCAUGCAUUCACCUGAAAGGGCCUGCUACCUUGCAAAGGAAGCUUUUGAUGAAGCUAUCCCAGAGCUUGACAACCUCAGUGAGGAUUCGUACAAAGAUAGCACCUUAAUUUUGCAGCUUCUUAGGGACAACCUCACCUUGUGGACUUCUGAAAUCCCAGAGGAUGGAGAAGAUGCCCAGAGGAUUAAUGGCACUGCCAAGGUUGGCGGGGUGGAACAUGCAGAGUGAUGUAAAUGGUGGCUUACAACUCUCUGUAUCUGGGGAGGGAGCAUAAGACCUAUUCUUGGCUGAAAAUAGGGCUUAUUGAUCUCUUCUUCUUCUUCCUUUCUAUUUUUUACUUAUCCUUUUUCUUUGGGUGUCAUAUGAUUGUUUGGUUUAUUAUACUGUGAUGUCUGGACAUGGUCAGUCCAGUUUGCCUCUACUCAAUCUUUUCCUUCCAGUCAUGGUGGAUGGAGUGGUAGAGGAUUGACCCAAUUGCUUAAGGUGAUUUUCUUGUUUUGAUGAAAAUGCCACAGCCCAGAUAGAGCAUUUCUAUUGUUUGUAUAACAUGUUUAGCUUUCUACCAUACAAUAUGUUUCUAUAUAUGAUGUCUAUUUUAUCUUA